AGAGCAGCGAUAUCCUCUCUUGUGCUUUCACGCGGAGGUCGAACAGGAAAUAUACUUACUUGCCCCACAUCCAUCGGUACUCCUUUGCAGUUAAAAUUUCUUCUCCUCUGAACAUCACUAAUACUUACACACAAUGAGUCUAUUUGAACGCCCACAUCGCUACUUCUCCACAAAUGACGUCGUCAUGGGCGUAAAGGCCGAGGCACUAGGCGAGGUGGACGACUACAGCGCAUGGGUGGAGAAGGUAGCGGCCGAGCUCGCCGCCGUCUACGGUGAGCAAGUGGCGCAUCUCUCCCUGGCGGACACGUUCUACUCCACGAGUGACGCACCGACCACGUUUUCGUCGCGCAUCUCCGCUGAAGUGUUUCAACGCUUGGGGGACUACAAAGCGGUGCUUGCCCGCAUCGAUGAUGUCGAUGCGCAGCUCGCAGAGCAGAUGCAGCUGGAGAGCGCGACGGAAGCUGAACUCGCGGCGGCCAAGCAGGCGCGGGUGUCGUCCCGCCAACUGCAGCGCACGUUGCGUGCUAUCAAGGCGAAGGUGACUCAACUGCGUCAGGAGACGGACAAUUUAAUCUACGAGCGUGCCUGUCUUAGUCAGCAACUCGUCAACGUAUUCAAGGCGGAGUACGUGCGAGUGUCCCUAGUGUGA